AAGUCAUAAGUCACCGCCGUAUUGUCGACUGAAUAAGAUCUCUGGUUAGUUACAGCUCCAGGCUUCCAUAACAAUGGCUUCAUCUUCUUCUUCCGCCGUCAAAGAACUUCAGCGAGACUUGGAGAACAAAGCUAACGAUCUAAGCAAAAUUCAAAAAGAUAUUUCAAAGAAUCACCAAGUGAGAAAGAAGUACACCAUUCAGCUUGGCGAGAAUGAGCUUGUCCUCAAGGAGUUAGACCUUUUGAGAGAAGAUGCAAAUGUGUACAAGUUGAUUGGUCCAGUUCUUGUGAAGCAAGAUUUGGCAGAGGCCAAUGCAAAUGUGCGCAAGAGAAUUGAAUACAUCUCUGCUGAAUUGAAGCGGCUUGAUGGAACUCUUCAAGAUUUAGAAGAGAAGCAAAAUAGCAAAAAAGAAGCGAUCUUAAAGUCGCAACAGAGGUUGCAAUCAGUUCAGGCUGGAAAAGCCAAGGCCUAACAUGCCCUAAUGCUUAUCAGAUGUAACAAUUCCUUUGGACUUUAAUUUAAGGCUUGAGUGUAGCAUCUUUAUUAUUGUUUGUAGUUGCAGCAUUGGUGCUCGUUACAAUACAAAUCUUUAUUGUGAUUUUAGUAUUGUGGUAGAUUCAAUUAAAUCAUAUAUAUGCUAAAUGUCGAUUUUUGUA